AUGAUUGUGGGUGCUAUAUUGUCGGCCGUGCUAGCGCUCUCUGCGCUGAAUGUUGGCUACGGUCUUCGGUACACCGGCGGCGGGGAUAGACACGACAUCAGACUGCGGACGCUCAAGGGGAAUCUGAGCGUGCUUGCCGAUGGAAUGAAAACAGUGGGAGACCUGAGGCACAGACUCCAAUCAGAGCUAAAGCUACCCGUCGACCUCUUCCAGGAUGGCAAGAGACUAGAUAAUUCGCUGCCCAUAGACGAUGUAUGUUUGCAAAAAAACUGUCGACUAAUAGAGCAGGUGGCCAAGGGCGAUGUCAACAUGAUGAUCCCGCUACGCGGCGGCAUGCGGGUACAGGUGCAAACGAUGCAAGGCCAGAAGCUCGAAGUCGACGUCGAGCCGAACGAAACGGUGCUCGAUCUCAAGAAAAAGCUCAGCAGCAAGCAGAAGCUGCCAGUGGACCAGCAACGCAUCAUUUUUGAGGGGAAGAUGCUGCAAGACAACAAAACGCUGGCAGACUACAACAUUAAGGUGGGAAUGGCGCCGUAA